CCCCGACAUAAGUACUUUUUGUGAAAGUUCCGUCACCGACAACCUACACGGAACGUUGAUCAACGGCGACUUCGUCUCUAGCCAAUUCUUGCCAAUUACGAUAUCGCCAGCAUGGCAUCCGCUGCCCCGUCUCUCCAGCGCAUCAGUGCACCGCUCCGACGCUCUCUGGCGCCCGGCGUCUCCUCCGUCCGGUCCUACGCCACAAUACCUGCCGCCAGUUCCGAGUCAUCCCAGACAAAACCCCCCUCCUCCAACAGUCGGCCAAGACCGACCUACUUCAAAGACACGACCGUAGUAGAGCUCUCCGAGUUUAUUUCCUCAUCACAGACUACCCCCCUGCCGGCCAGCGAGGCCUACACCCUCCGCACCGCAGAGGUCGGCCCCGAAGGCCGCAAGCGGACCAUCACGCGGCUGCCGGAGUGGCUCAAGACGCCAAUCCCGUCGGCAGGGACCAACAGCAACUUCGCCAAGAUCAAGGCCGACCUCCGGGGCCUGAACCUGCACACGGUCUGCGAGGAGGCGCGGUGCCCCAACAUCGGCGAGUGCUGGGGCGGGUCGAACAAAGCGUCCGCGACGGCCACCAUCAUGCUGAUGGGCGACACGUGCACGCGCGGCUGCCGCUUCUGCAGCGUCAAGACGAGCCGCCGCCCGCCGCCGCUGGACCCGCACGAGCCCGAGAACACGGCCGAGGCCCUGGCCCGGUGGGGGCUCGGGUACGUCGUCCUGACCAGCGUCGACCGCGACGACCUGGCCGACGGCGGCGCCAGGCACUUCGCCGAGACGAUCCGCAGGAUCAAGCAGAAGAAGCCCACCCUGCUGGUCGAGGCCCUGACGGGCGACUUCGCGGGUGACCUGGACAUGGUCAAGAUCGUGGCCGAGAGCGGCCUGGACGUCUAUGCGCACAAUGUCGAGACGGUCGAGGGCCUGACGCCGUAUGUCAGGGAUAGGAGGGCGACCUUCAGGCAGAGCUUGAAGGUCCUAGGGCAUGUCAAGGAGGUUCGUGGAAAGGAGGGUAUCAUCACCAAGACUAGUAUCAUGCUCGGUCUGGGCGAGACAGAGGAGGAACUCUGGGAAGCCCUCAGAGAACUUAGGAAGGUGGAUGUUGAUGUCGUCACUUUCGGCCAGUACAUGCGACCAACAAAGCGGCAUCUCAAGGUGGAAAAGUACGUGACGCCGGAUGAGUUUGAGCUCUGGCGGCAACGGGCCCUGGACAUGGGCUUCCUUUACUGUGCCAGUGGGCCGUUGGUACGAUCUUCUUAUAAGGCCGGCGAGGCCUUCAUCGAGAACGUGCUGCGGAAGCGUGCCGGGGAGAAACCCAUGGCUGCUGAUGCUCUUGGCAAGGCUGUUGCUCUUGACCAAGACAAGCGGGAUUCCCUAUGAACCCCCAAAUGCCUCGUUUCUUGAUUCAACACACUGUACCACUCUGCAUACUUGUCUCACGUUUGUAUUUGCCAUAUAGAUGGGUUGGCCUGCACUGGCGUCUGGGAGGGUAUGGCAUUGUUGCGGAAUUACAAGUGCGUGGCUGUUCAACCAGAAACCCAUGUACGAUAUCUACGCAAUUGGUUGAUUUGGUUGUAAUUCGCACGUUCGCUUUUGGUGUUGCUUCCUGGUUUACAUCGGCCACAAGGUCAGUCUCGUAGACCUGCUCAAGCUCUCUAGCAGGUGCUCAUGAGAGGCCGUAUAAAGAGCAGCAUAUGGCGACUACAAGUAACAGCAGUCC